AUGUCAAAUUUUAAUAGUCAUAAAAAUACAGUAGAUUCUGUGAUUUUUACAGCGGAGGAGAAAGCCCAGCUACUGUGCGGAGACUUCCCGCGUCAAAUAACGAAAGAUAGACUAAAGCAGUGGCUGUCGUGUCGAAAAGGAACGGCGAAGGAUGGAAGUGCGCGUUCCGACGCCACGAAGGCCGAACUCGCACAAAGGGUCGUCAGCUAUAUUAAGAAUGGUUGGGAAAGAAAUUUUACUGAGAAAUGGAAGCACUUGGGAUCAAAACAACCACACGAAUUGAUGGUCUCUACGACCACAGCAACAACCACAAACAAUGCUGCUUGUAUUGUUUCUUCGGACACAGUCUGGUUACCAAUAACCCAAGCUAAGGAUAUUGUUCCUAAUUUCACAAUGCAGCAUUUCUUAGCCUAUUUCAUAGAGAGCAAAGUCAAAGAAAACGAGUCAAACUAA